AUGAAUUUCACUUUCAAGGCUUCACGACAAACAUCGAUAACGGCACCGAAACCGCCUGACCCUCCAGAUAAUAGUGGGGAUAAGGGAAUGCUAGAUGCGGGAAACAAAGAUGGAACAAACAAAUCAACAAAGCCAAUUCUCAUGUCCUUCCGUGACAAGGUUUUGGGAUCGCAACCUUUUGCUACAAGGGAAAAAGUUGAUCUGGUGGCGAAAAAUCUAGCACAAGUCGAACACAUCAAGGGGAAUAGAUUGCUUCCAAUGCUUCAUGUUCAAGAUACUGUGUUGGAGGAGCUUAGUCUUCCGUAUAAAGAGUGUCUGGUUGUGAAACUUCUCGACAAAAGGCUUGGAUACAACAUGAUGAAGACAAAUCUCGAAGCGAUUUGGAAACUAAAGGGAGGAUUUGAUCUUAUGGAGGUAGGGAAUUCUUUCUUCAUGGUCAAAUUUGCUGAGGAGGAAGAUAAAAACAAGGUAAUAAAUGGUGGCCCGUGGAUGAUAUUUGAUCGUUACUUAGCUUUUCGUCAAUGGUAUCCCACUUUUAAUGCCGCAACAGCCACGAUAGAUAAAACAAUGGCAUGGAUACGUAUCCCGAGUUUGAAUCUAGUUUAUUAUGACGAGAGUCUGUUAUGGGCGGUGGCAUCGAUGGUGGGAACACCGGUGAAGGUUGACAUGCAUACAUUAAGAGUGGCACGGGGAAAGUUUGCAAGAUUAUGCGUUGAAAUAGAUCUCACAAAACCUGUCGUGGGAAAAGUGGGAAUCAAUGGAGAGUGGUAUCAAGUCCAGUAUGAGGGCCUGCAUGUUAUUUGCACUCGGUGUGGCCGCUAUGGUCAUAUUUUAAAGGACUGCACUCAAAAAAACAAAUCUGCAACUGCUGCACCAGAAGUACAAGCUUCUCCGAUCACCGCUGCGCCGGAAGUUGCAGCAGCAAUGGUAACAAAUGAAAAAGGAAACGAAAUUAAUGGAGGUAGCAAAAUAUCAGGAGAAAUCAUUAAGGAGAUUAUGACCAAAACGGAUAAUUUAGGCAUUAAUGAUGAUUCUGAUUUUUUGCAUGGUGAUUGGAUAAAAGUUGAGAGGAAAAAAAGAAUAAAUAAGGAUAAUAGGCGUGGACCUGGUGGAGUUAUGAAAGAAACAAAUUUUUAA